UUGUACUCACAAUUUAUAAAAUAAUUACCAUAAACAUAAAGAAAAACAAAUAUCUCAUACGACCACCAGGGGCCACUGUUUCAAUCUCAAGUUAUGAUUAACGCGCCUAAGACUUUCAUACAGGGCCUCCUUUCAGUGGAAAAUAAUAUAAAAAACUUGGGAAAAGUUUAACGUCUGUUUUUGCUCACUCUGUUCGCCAGUCUUUUAAAAGUUGUGUGGAUUUGCUCAUAAAGACAGAAGAGAUGAACCUAUUUAUUACUUUAUUGCCACUGAUGAGGUACAAAACCAAAGAAUAGCAAGCAGGUAAUUAAAAAUCUCAAACGGAUGCCAGUAACAAUCUAAAUAGGAAAUUACAAUACUCUUUGCGCACAGGUGUCGCUUUUCGCAGAAUGUGAUCUGGUAUAAAAGAAACACCUUGUGAAAUUCCGUUCUUAAAGUUGAGCACUGACCUGCCAUCAUAAGAAAUCAAGACGUCCUCAGCUUCAAACGUUGUCCAACAUGAAUCAAACCUGUAACAACUCCUGGGCCAACUUCAGCAGCAACUUGUCAAACGAGCUUAAACAAAAUGUAUCUAGAUCUGGUAAUGAUUCUGCUUGCCAAGAGGUCAUUCUUCAGUCAGCAACGGCAAUGAAUCCGCUUGAAGAUUAUUACAAAGCAGCUUUUGGUUCCUCUAUCUUCAUCGCCGUGGUCUCGUUCACUACGGUCUUGACCAAUAGUCUACUUCUGUUUGUAUUUUACGUCGACCCUCUAAAAAUUUUUCGCAACCCAACAACACUCUUCCUGAUCGGUUUGGCCAUUGUCGACUUAUUAACAGCCCUAACUCAAGAACCCAUUUACGCCAUUUGUUUUAUGUUGGUUUACUUUCAACAUCCUUUGACAGAGAAAUGCGGACCUUUCGCGCAUGCUGGAAGGUAUCUCAGCGCUUUUGCUAUGACGGCAUCCUUUCUAAUCGUCUUCGCCUUUACCUUUACGCAGUACAUCGUGGUUUCAUCUCCUUUAAAGUACGGCCGCCUUGUCACAAAGAAGAAAGUCUUGUUCGGUAUUGCGGUCAUCUAUCUUUACUCCGCAAUCUUCUGGUGCCUUCACUUGAUGGGCGUGUCUCCAAAUGUUCAGAAUAUUAUGGAUUCCUUUAUACACAACUAUCUCUUAGUCUUUAUCACCAUUGCUUUCUAUAUACUCCUACAUCGUGUGAUGAAAAAGAAGAUGACCGCAGGAAAAUCCCUUGAAAGCCAAACUGGGAAAAGAACCGCUCGCAAACAUAUCCGAGUUCAACGCAACUUUGUCCGAGUGAAUUUCAUGCUUCUUGCCGUGCUGAUUAUGUGUAAUAUGCCAUCAGCUGUCCAUUGGACGGUAAAACUGUUCAUGGAGGAAGAUCCUUCUGUCAAGACUCUGAUUGUAAACCUGAUGGUGGAUAACCUGCUUUACCUGAAAUUCCUGUUAGACCCGUUUGUCUACGCGUGGCGCAUGGUAAAGUACCGAGAAGCAUUCUAUAAAAGUAUUCGUCGCUUAUCCGCUGGCAGAAAGUCACAACACAGCUCUACUACAGGAAGAGGAACCCAAGAAACAGACGCCUCCAGCGCGCCCGCUAACGGAUCAGUGUUAACUUUGCUGAGUUUCAAAAGUCUGGCGUCAUGAAGUUCCUGAGCGCAUGACUCUUUAUUAGGCCCCGUCCUCACAACGCUGGAGAAAUUUGAAAACGGUGUUUUCACUCUGAAAAAGCGUCAAAUGUUUUCCGUCCAACAGUCAGCGGUCGUUUUAGAUUUCAUUUUGGUUUCUGAGGAAA